AUGGGAAGCACACGUAGCGGCGGGGCGCCGGCGGCGGGGGGCAUGGACUCGGGCGGCAGGAACUCCUCGGGGGCGCCCAACAGCACGACGCUGAGCGAGGCGCAGGGCAGCGCCAUCCUCAUCUCCUUCAUCUACUCCGUGGUGUGCCUGGUGGGGCUGUGCGGCAACUCCAUGGUCAUCUACGUGAUCCUGCGCUACGCCAAGAUGAAGACGGCCACCAACAUCUACAUCCUCAACCUGGCCAUCGCGGACGAGCUGCUCAUGCUGAGCGUGCCCUUCCUGGUCACCUCCACGCUGCUGCACCACUGGCCCUUCGGCUCGCUGCUCUGCCGCCUGGUGCUCAGCGUGGACGCCAUCAACAUGUUCACCAGCAUCUACUGCCUGACGGUGCUCAGCGUGGACCGCUACAUCGCCGUGGUGCACCCCAUCAAGGCGGCCCGCUACCGCCGGCCCACCGUGGCCAAGAUGGUGAACCUGGGCGUGUGGGUGCUGUCCAUCCUCAUCAUCCUGCCCAUCAUCAUCUUCUCCAACACGGCGGCCAACAGCGACGGCACGGUGGCCUGCAACAUGCUGAUGCCCGAGCCCACGCAGAAGUGGCUGGUGGUCUUCGUGGUCUACACCUUCCUCAUGGGCUUCCUGCUGCCCGUGGUGGCCAUCUGCCUCUGCUACAUCCUCAUCAUCGCCAAGAUGCGCAUGGUGGCGCUCAAGGCCGGCUGGCAGCAGCGCAAGCGCUCGGAGCGCAAGAUCACGCUCAUGGUCAUGAUGGUGGUCAUGGUCUUCGUCAUCUGCUGGAUGCCCUUCUACAUCGUGCAGCUGGUCAACGUCUUCAACGUGGAGCAGGACGACGCCACCAUCAGCCAGCUGUCCGUCAUCCUGGGCUACGCCAACAGCUGCGCCAACCCCAUCCUCUACGGCUUCCUCUCGGACAACUUCAAGCGCUCCUUCCAGCGCCUGCUCUGCCUCAGCUGGAUGGACAACGCCGCCGAGGAGCCGGUCGACUACUACGCCACCGCCCUCAAGAGCAGGGCGUACAGCGUGGAGGACUUCCCGCCCGACCGCUUGGAGUCGGGCAGCGUGUACAGGAACGGCACCUGCACCUCGCGGAUUACCACGCUCUGAGGGCGGGGCGGCGGGGCCCGGCGUGAAGCCGCGCGCCCCGCUCCGACCGCCGGCUGCACUCGC